AAGUCUGAUGUACAUCUAACCACCACUCACUCUAUGUUAGUCAACACUGUUAAUGAAGUAUCUAUUCCAGAACCUGAAGUGGUUACACCUAGCUUAUUGGAAAUGGGAAAGGAUACUGCGACUGAUGCUUUUAAACCAUUGUUUAUCAGACACCAGCUCAAGAAAAUAGAAACCAAGAACACAACCGACCAAUCUAAAGACGAGCCUAAGCAUAUUGAAAUCAUGCCCUAUGUAAACAACAUCACAACAACAACUGUGAAGUCUACUUCAUGGUUGAUUAAUACCCCCUUUCAUGAACUAGAUUCUGUUAUCCAGAAGGAUUUGCAAGAUUCCGACAAAUCAAUUCCUUUCAGGGAAAACUCUAAAAUAACUACAAUAGAUGGUUCUUCCCAAGGUAUAGACACUGAUUCAGAUAUAAUACCAUAUAAUUUAACACACCCCAACAACGAGACUGAAAAUCAGACAGAAAAACAGGAGGAUGAAUAUAAGAUGAAUGCACCCUUAACCAGAAGCCACAAGGUGAAACCGGAAGAUGACUUAAGAUUUUCUGUAGAGUUACAAGUUCAGGAAAAACUUUCAAACAGGAACUCAAAAAUAUUAGAACAUUCAGUUAAUACUAAGUUUUAUCCCAAGGUGGAUGAGCAUCUACAUGUAACUAGUAUGGAGGUUGAGCAUCCAGGUGUAACUGGUAUGGAGGUUGAGCAUCCAGGUGUAACUGGUAUGGAGGUUGAGCAUCCAGAUGUAACUAGUAUGGAGGAUGAUCAUCCAGAUGUAACUAGUAUGGAGGAUGAUCAUCCAGAUGUAAUUGGUAUGGAGGUUGAGCAUCCAGGUGUAACUAGUAUGGAACUCAGGGACAUGAAUAAGUCAGAUAUCUCAGCUUCGUCUACAAGUCGAAAAGGUACAGAAUUUACUAACAGCUCAACCACAGAAAAAAAUCUAACAAAACCGAGGAUUGAUUCCACAUUUACACUUGGCUCCGAACAAUAUGGAGCACGACAAGAAACAAGAAAAAGCUUCUUCAUUCCAAAAUCAGGCUUAAUAAAUUCCGAAUCAGUAAGAGCAGACAAAAAUCAAAGCAGUGUCAUAACAUUAUCUAAGUUCUUUCCAGCAGUUAGUGAUGUUAAAAUGUUAGCAGACAGAUAUUUUGAGACAGGAGAUACAACCUUUCACAAGAAACCAGACGAAAAUUCUGUGACGAGAAACACGCAACUUUGUAAACCAGGGGAAUUUCUGUGUGUUAAUGUGAGCUCCUCAUUCCAUGCUUGUAUUCUGCCAAGUCAACGUUGUGAUUCUGUCAUCGACUGUGAUGACGGAAGUGAUGAAAUAGACUGUGAAUCUGGUUGCCACGGUAACUACCAAUGUCAGAGCGGGAAGUGUAUCGCACGACAUCAAGUGUGUGACCAAAUAACAGAUUGCAGAGGAGAAGAAGAUGAAACCAAUUGUGAUGCAUGGAAAUGCUUGAGCAGUGAAUUUAAGUGUAACAAUGGUCGCUGCAUUCCUAGAGAUUGGCACUGUGAUGGUGUUGACCAGUGUGGAGAUCAAACUGAUGAGGCUGGUUGUGCUACAGAAUGUUCAGAGCAACGGUUUUUAUGUCCAGAAGGACUCUGUGUGCCUAAAGCUUGGAGAUGUAAUGGAAUCGUGGACUGUUUUGACCAAAAAGAUGAAGAAGGCUGUG